UCAUGUCGUCGGCCUGUUGGUUGUAUUGUUUUCAAUCCAGUUCCUGUUGGUUGGUUUGUUUGGGAUUGGGUUGAAUAGAGUGAAGUGAAAUUGUGGAAAUCGGAUUGUUGUGUUAAAUACUAUAAGAAACUGAUGUGUCUUAGCGUUAAGAAUUUCGGGACGAAUUAAGUAAGAUAGACAAUCAACAUUUAAAAUGAUGCCGGAACAGAAGUGAUCAACUUAUUUUCAAUUUGAUUCAAUCGUAGGCUUAUAGGCUAUUUCAUUGCCGAUUUUUAACCGGUUCAACAAUGGGUGUUCCAGCCUUUUUCAGGUGGCUAAGCAGAAAAUACCCAUCAGUUAUAGUCAACUGCAUUGAGGAGAAGAACACACAACUCGAUGGAACUUUCAUACCAGUUGACUCUUCUCAACCGAAUCCAAAUGGAGUGGAAUUUGACAAUCUAUAUUUGGACAUGAAUGGAAUAAUCCAUCCUUGCACUCAUCCGGAAGAUAAACCAGCUCCAAAAAAUGAAGAUGAAAUGAUGGUCGCUAUUUUUGAGUGUAUUGACCGACUUUUCCGUAUUGUUCGGCCCAGAAAAUUACUGUACAUGGCAAUUGAUGGGGUGGCUCCAAGGGCUAAAAUGAACCAACAGCGAUCAAGACGUUUUCGAGCUUCAAAAGAAACAGUUGAGAAGAUUCAAGAGAUAGCUCGUGUGAGGAAGGAGAUGUCAGCCAGAGGGCUGAUUCUGCCCCCUGAAAAAGCAAAGGAAGCUCAUUUUGAUAGCAACUGUAUUACACCAGGCACACCAUUUAUGGCACGGUUGUCUAAUUGCCUCCACUACUACAUUCAUGACAGACUGAACAAUGACCCAGGCUGGAGAAACAUCAAAGUCAUCCUCUCAGACGCUAACGUGCCAGGGGAAGGUGAACACAAGAUUAUGGACUACAUUCGGAGACAACGAGCCCAACCCGAUCACGACCCCAACACUCAGCACUGUUUGUGUGGGGCUGAUGCUGACCUGAUCAUGUUGGGCCUGGCUACCCAUGAGCCCAACUUUACCAUCAUCAGGGAGGAGUUCAAGCCCAACAAGCCGAAGACAUGUGACAUCUGUGGUCAAGAAGGCCAUGAAAUGAAGGACUGCAUCGGCCUGACAAACGAGGUGAGUGACCCAGGAAAACCGAUCACGAUGGGUGAGGAGCAACAGUUUAUCUUCGUGAGACUCAACGUGCUCAGAGAAUAUCUGGAGAGGGAGCUAGAGAUGCCAGGACUGCCGUUUGAAUAUGACUUUGAGCGAGCCGUUGACGACUGGGUCUUUAUGUGCUUCUUUGUUGGCAAUGAUUUUCUGCCUCACCUGCCGUCGUUGGAAAUCCGGGAAGGUGCCAUUGACCGGCUCGUUAACCUGUACAAGAAGACCGUCACGAAAACUGGGGGGUUUAUCACUGACAGCGGCAACGUUACGCUGGACCGUGUACAGCUGAUUAUGACAGAUCUGGGUGACGUGGAGGAUGAGAUCUUCAAGAAUCGACAACAGACGGAGCUUAUGUUCAAGCAGCGGGACAAGAUGAGGAAGCGUCGAGAGAAACAGCAAAACAUGAGACACAACUUCCAAGGUCCAUGGGCACCACAGCCGGUAGGACAGAACGUCGGCCCGAUGUACCAGCCGAGGCAGGAGGCAUAUCACCAGAGAGUGCAGCACAUGCACUCCCAGUCGGCCGCAGGUAGUUACAACUCUCCACCGAACCAGAGCAAUCGGGGACAGAAGAGAACUCAUGAUGAUGUGGAUGAGGGGAGCGAGGAGGAGGAGGGGGUGAAUGAUGAGGUGAGACUGUGGGAGAGCGGUUUCAAGGACCGAUACUACGAGUCCAAGUUCGACGUGGGAUCCGACAACCUGGCUUUCCGGUACAAGGUGGCGUUGGAGUACGUCAAGGGCCUUUGCUGGGUCCUCAAAUAUUACUAUCAGGGCUGUCCCUCAUGGAAGUGGUACUUCCCCUACCACUACGCUCCCUUCGCCUCGGACUUUAUCAACAUCGGCAGUCUCGACACCGACUUUGAAAUGGGAACUCAACCUUUUAAGCCUCUGGAACAGCUGAUGGGUGUGUUUCCGGCAGCGAGCUCCGCCCACGUGCCUGCGCCAUGGGCCCACCUGAUGAGCGACCCGGACUCGCCCAUAAUUGAUUUUUAUCCUGAAGAUUUCAAAAUUGACCUGAACGGAAAGAAGUUCGCCUGGCAAGGUGUAGCGUUGCUGCCAUUUGUGGAAGAAGAAAGACUGUUCAAGGCUUUGGAACCCUUCUAUAGGGAUCUCACACCUGCAGAAAUCAGGCGUAACGUGCGAGGAGAUGACCGCUUGUACAUGAACCAGGCCCACACCUGCUACUCGUUCCUGAUGGACAUCACCAUGAAUGAGGCCAACUUCAGCAAUGAGACGUCGCUGGCUGCCGACGGCAUGAGAGGCUCUAUCCUUAUCUCUGAGGACAAGGUCAAGGAGGGAGGGUCACUACCAUCUCCAGUGGAAGGUCUGUCAGUGAUUCGGAUGAAUGCUGUCAUGUGUGUGCGGUUCAGGGAUCCCAAGUACCCGGAUUCCUUCAUCUUUCCGGCCAAGAGGCUAUCUGGAGCAAUAGAGCCUCCACGAGUGCUGAAGCCUGGGAACCUGAGCCGGGAAGACAGCAACAACUGGAGACCUCAGACUGGGUUUGUGAGGUCGAACCAGCGAGGGUCUCUGAACGCUGCCGGCCACAGGAUGCUAGGGAGAUACAGUGGACGUUUUGGUGGAGGCAGGGGUGGAUCCCAGGACUCCUCACCAGGGGUGUAUUCUUCAGUACCUCCCCCUCCCAAUGGCUUUCGUGGACAACCUUACAGGCAGGAUGAUUACCAAGGCCCCAGCCGUAACCGUGGCAACAGAGAUGGGCGAUACCAGCCUUUCCAGAGGAAUUCGGGUGGGUUUAACAGUUCCAACUCGUCCAGAGGAAGUUACAACUCUCCGUCGUCGGGCAGAGACAGUUGGAGCAGUGGAGGGAGUGGUACCCAUAUCCGGUUUAGUGAUGGCAGUGAUAGGAGCAGUGGUGGGGGUCAAACAAAUGAAGGGGGCUCCUGGUCUACCAGUCAGAGUAGUAGGGGUGGCAGAGGUGGUGAUAACAGAAGUCAGAGCAGUUAUAGUAGUGGUCGCGGCAGUAGCAAGUACGGAGGUGCUGUGACCUACACCAGUAGCAAUCGAGGAGGUGGAUCUGGAGGCUACUCGAGUAGUCGCGGUGGCUACUCUAGUGGUCAGGGUGGCUACUCGAGUAGUCGCGGUGGCUACUCAAGUGGUCAAGGUGGUUACUCAAAUAAUCAAGGCAGCUACUCUAGUGGUCAAAGCAGUUACUCUAGUAGUCAAGGCAAUCCAAGUGGUCAACGUAGUAAGGGGUACGGACAACAGAAUCUGUACCCUCCAGCCCCCGGCUACAGUACCAGCAGUUAUGGCCGGAGAUAAUUAUUACUACUAACAGCUUCAUUAUUUUUUUAUAAUUUUCUAGUACAAAAUACCCUAAAAUAACUGAAAUAUGGUUAUUGUAUUUGAA